UUCGAAACCAGCAGCUAAAAAGCUGUCUUCUUCUAAAGCCAAAAAAGGCUACAGAAAAUCAAUUAGGCUUGUUAACUUGCCUUGGUUAGUACUCAUCUUCGUCCUUGCACUUGCCAUUAGAGCCUCUGCUUUUUCCGUUUUGCCAGAAAUUUUUGUUUUUUAUUUUUGGUUUCUUUUUGCAAGUGUUCGUCUUCUCUCCUCUCGAUAUAUAUAUAUAUAUAUAUAUAUAUUGGUAAGCCUUAUCUCUCUUAAUUUAUUUCUUCUGCACUCAAACAUUUUGUUUUGCUGAUGAGAAAAAUCUGAAAGCCCUAAAGCCCCAAAUCCAUCAAAGCUUGCCAAUCACGCUGGUUUUGAUUGCCUGGUUGAGUGAGUCUACUAAUGUUCUUUGGCAGUCUUUUCAAUUUUCUGCAAACAAGCGAUUAGCUCCAGCCAUCAAUUUGAUCAAAAUUUUGGAAUUGGAGGUGUUUUUGUAUAUCAUAUGUAAUCUUUGCAAUUGAGUCUGUGGCAUUAACAAAAUCGAUAUCCAAGGCACUUUAUGUUUUUGCCAUUUUAUGUUGUAUUGUUUUGGCUGCUUUAUGUGGAUAUAGCUUGUUCAAUCUCAUCAGAAAUGCACAUUUAGUUUGAUUUGUACUUAAGUGGCAUCCAAUCAACUCUCAAGGGGUCUUGCAUGUGUGGAGCAUGUGCUCCCAACUAGUACAAUGCUAAAAGAGUAAAGGUGAAAAAAAUAUUUGAGCUCUCGAGCAAAGCGGUUAUGGAGGAUGGUAAAUGGAUUUUGGUGCAGAGGCCAGCUGAGAAGGACUUGUGGAGGCCCAGUGGUUCGGUGAAGGAAGAAGAGGACUCUAAGCCUUUGAAGGUCACGUUUACAGAGCCCGCCAAGCACUGGACUGACGCAGUUCCGAUCGGCAAUGGCCGCCUUGGAGCCAUGGUUUGGGGUGGCGUCGCAUCAGAAACUCUCCAGCUCAAUGAGGACACACUUUGGACUGGAAUUCCUGGAAACUACACUAAUCCCAAGGCUCCUGAGGCAUUGGCAGAGGUUAGGAAACUUGUGGAUAAUGGAGAGUAUGUUGAAGCUACGAAAGAAGCAGUCAAAUUAUCAGGAGAUCCUUCUGAUGUUUACCAAUUACUGGGCGAUGUCAAGCUAGAAUUUGACAAGUCUCAUCUUGAUUAUGCCAAGGAAACUUACAGCAGAGAGCUGGACUUGGAUACUGCAACAGUAAGAGUUAGAUAUUCUGUGGGUGAUGUAGAAUUUACGAGAGAGCAUUUCGCUUCGAAUCCUGAUCAAGUGAUAGUGACAAAGAUUUCCGCAAGCAAACCAAAGUCUCUUUCAUUUACAGUGUUCCUAGACAGCAAAAUGCAUCACCAUUCACAAGUAAAUGGAAAAAACCGAAUUGUGUUGGAUGGGAGUUGUCCUGGUAGGAGGAUCCGACCAAAAGCAAAUGAAAAUCCGAAGGGAGUUCAGUUUUCUGCGGUGCUUGAUUUGCAGAUUAGUGAGAGCAAUGGGGUAGUACAAGUUUUGGAGGACAAUAAAUUGAGGGUUGAAGGUUCAGACUGUGCUGUUUUGCUUUUAGUGGCUGCGUCUUCAUUUGACGGGCCAUUUACAAAUCCUUCAGAUUCUAGGAAAUAUCCGGCUUCUGAUUCUAUUAACACAAUAAAUUCAAUAAGCAAGUUGUCAUAUUCUGAUCUUGUGGCUCAUCAUUUGAGCGACUAUCAGAAUCUUUUCCACCGAGUCUCGUUGCAACUUUCAGGAAGCUCCAAAGGCGUUUCGAGAAAAAGGGCAUUAGAGAUGAAGGAACUUUUGGUGUGGAAAGAUGAGUCGGAUUUUAACAAAAGCAAUGCCGUUUCUGUUUCCACUGCAGAGAGGGUGAAGUCUUUUAAAACUGAUGAAGAUCCUUCCUUAGUGGAGCUUUUGUUCCAAUACGGUCGUUAUCUGCUUAUAGCUUGUUCACGACCUGGUGCUCAGCCAGCAAACCUGCAGGGUAUUUGGAACAAGGAUGUUGAGCCUGCAUGGGAUUGUGCUCCUCACCUGAACAUUAAUCUUCAAAUGAACUAUUGGCCUUCCCUUCCUUGCAACCUUAAAGAAUGCCAGGAGCCGUUGUUUGAUUUUACAGCUUCUCUAUCUGUAAAUGGGAGUAAAACAGCAAAAGUGAACUAUGAAGCCAAUGGAUGGGUUGCUCAUCAAGUGUCUGACAUAUGGGCAAAAACAUCACCAGAUCGAGGUGAAGCUGUGUGGGCGUUAUGGCCAGUAGGAGGGGCCUGGCUCUGUACCCAUCUAUGGGAACAUUUUACUUACACAAUGGACAAAGAUUUUCUAAAAAAUAAGGCAUAUCCUUUGCUGGAAGGAUGUGCGUCAUUUCUGUUGGAUUGGUUGAUUGAAGGCCACGGAGGAUAUCUGCAAACCAACCCAUCAACUUCUCCAGAACACAUGUUUGUUUCCCCAGAGGGCAAGCCUGCCAGUGUGAGCUACUCAGCAACCAUGGACAUUUCAAUCAUAAAAGAAGUUUUCUCCGAAAUUGUUUCGGCUGCUGAGAUUUUGGGGAGAAGUCAGGAUGCUCUUGUUGCAAAAGUCCGGGAAGCUCAAUUGAAACUUCCACCAACAAAGAUUGCUAGAGAUGGUUCCAUUAUGGAAUGGGCACAAGAUUUUGAGGAUCCAGAUCCGCAUCAUCGACAUGUAUCACAUCUUUUUGGCUUGUUUCCAGGGCACACAAUUACUCUCGAGAAAACUCCAGACCUCUGUAAAGCUGCAGAUUAUACCCUUUUCAAAAGAGGAGAGGAAGGCCCGGGAUGGUCAACCACAUGGAAAGCUGCACUCUGGGCUCGUCUUCACAACAGUGAGCAUGCAUAUCGUAUGAUCAAGCAUCUAAUCAACUUGGUGGAUCCAGAUCAUGAGAGUGAUUAUGAGGGAGGACUAUAUAGUAACUUGUUUACAGCUCACCCUCCAUUCCAGAUAGAUGCCAACUUUGGAUUUUCAGCAGCUAUUGCAGAAAUGCUUGUCCAGAGUACCACCAAGGACCUCGUUUUACUCCCUGCUUUGCCACACGAUAAAUGGCCAAAUGGUUGUGUAAAAGGACUUAAGGCACGUGGCGGGGUAACGGUGAACAUCUGCUGGAAGGAGGGAGAUCUUCACGAAGUUGGUCUUUGGUUGAAGGAUCAUAAUUCUAUUAAAAGAUUACACUAUAGAGGAUCUACAAUUACGGCAAACAUUUUAUCUGGCAGAGUUUACACCUUCAAUAGAAGUCUAAAAUGCGUCCACACUUGCUCUCUUUAAGAAGCAGCCUUUUGCUUUUUUGCACACUGAGGUCAUACUUGAGAAUCAUUCAUUUGGUACCUUCCUGAUAAAUCUUUUGAACAUAUUCGUUAUUGUACUCUUUUGGAGUUUGUUUGUUUUGAUUGCUAGACAAUCAUUCGAGGCAUUUCAUGUAUUAUCGUCUCCAGUGCAUGUUCAACAGGAAUAAUGAG